GUGUCGCUGGGGAGGACAGCGCCGUGUCCGCGCCGCCAUGUUGUACAUAGCAGCAGUUGCUAAGCUCGGGCUGGCGGCGCUGCCCGGGCCCCGGCGGUGGGUGCCGCUCCCAAGUUAUGGGUGAUGAGUCAGUACCGUUUUUGCUGGACCAAGGAACCACUAAAACAUAUCAAAUACCUAUUAGUCACCUGGACUACAAAUUCAUUGAAAAAUGCACAGAUGUUAAGCACCUGGAAAAGAUUCUCAGAGUAUUAAGGUCUGGUGAAGAGGGAUGUUACCCUGAACUUACGUUUGUUUGUGAAAAGCGUAUUGAGCAUUUAGAUCCAAAGAGCAGAGCUCUGAGAACAGAUAAGCCUGCAGCCACAGCUUCUGAUUUCACAGCUGAGGAGUGGGAAACAAUUAAUGAUGAGCUGAUGAGCUGGCUGACAGAAAUGAAUGAAGAUGAUAAGAAAUCACAGUUCCUGAGAACAGACACACCAAAUGAAAAUCAAGAUAACUUGCCUCCCAUUCGUUGUUCCAGCAGCUGUCUUCCUGCUAAUCAGAACAGAACACUGCAAAACAAACAAAAAACCAAGAAGAACAUUCCACGGGAUUACAGUGAAUGGGAAAAGUUCGAUGUGGAAAAGGAAUGUUCGAAAAUUGAUGAAAGCUGUGAAGAAAGUAACUCAAAAUCAAGAUUCUUCAAUAGGCCAAGUCUGCCUAUUAUCAAAAAUACAAUAGACACCACUGGAAUGACAAAGAGAGAGAAAAUCUUUGUUGCUACUCGUGAAAAAGAAAAGGGCAAUGAAGCCUUUGCCAUUGGUGAUUAUAUGGAAGCAGUGACAUAUUACACUCGGAGUAUAUCAGUAAUACCGACUGCAGCUGCAUAUAACAACAAAGCUCAAGCAGAAAUCAAACUUCAGGACUGGGACAGUGCUUUGCAGGAUUGUGAGAAGGUACUAGAUAUGGAACCCAGCAACAUAAAAGCUCUGCUGCGCCGUGCCACUGUACACAGUCAGCUGCAGAAUUAUCAAACAGCCAUAGAGGAUCUGAAUAAAGUGUUGAGUGUUGAACCAGAAAACCCUAUAGCUAAGAAAAAUCUGCUGGAGAUUGAAGAGAAACUGAAAGGUUUAAAGCCUGUAUCUGAGGUUCAAGGCAAAGGAAAAAGAAUACUUAUUCAAGAGAUAGAGGAUUCAGAAUGUGAUGAAGAAGGAGGGGAAAAUGCAGAAGAAUGUGAAAGAAGUGGUGGAGAUAAAGGAACCGCUGUGCCAGUGGCGGCGGAGGCGGCGGCGGGGGAGCCCGCGAUGGGCAACGCGCACAGAAAGUUCCGUAGCAAAGGAGGCGGCGGUAAGGCGGAGGACAGAGAGAAGCAGAAGCAGAAGGAGCCCACUGAGAGCGGAUUAAAAAAAGACACGCCGAAGAAGAAGCCAGGAAAGCAUUUGUCAGACCAUGAAGGUGAAGUUAAUGGCUAUUUACACAGCGAUCAGAAGAGUGACAGCUCUGAGUCUGGGAGCUCCAGAUGGUAUACCGCAGGGUCUCAGUGGGCUAGUGGUGCCAGUUCUACUUCACUUCCUCCUAUUGCAGCAAAACUAAAAAGUGAAGGAAACGAGUUAUUUAAGAGUGGACAGUUUGGAGAAGCUGUGCUCAAAUACUCGGAAGCAAUUGAAUAUGUCAUUGGUCUAGGAGAACAAAGUCCAGAUGAUUUAAGUAUCUUGUACUCAAACAGAGCAGCAUGUUACCUCAAAGAAGGGAACUGCAGUGACUGCGUUCAGGAUUGUAACAGAGCUCUGGAGCUUCAGCCAUUUUCCCUUAAGCCUCUUCUACGACGAGCAAUGGCAAAUGAGUCAAUGGAGCGGUAUCGACAGGCAUACAUUGAUUAUAAAACAGUCCUACAAAUAGACAGCAGCAUCCAAGCAGCAAAUGAUAGUGCUAAUAGAAUAACGAAGACUUUAAUAGAUCAGGAUGGUCCCAGUUGGAGGGAGAAACUGCCACCAAUUCCAGUUGUUCCAGUUGCUGCUCAGUUGCACAGGUGGGAUGGAGGAAACUUCACUUCAGAGAAUAAGCCAGGAAGUACUAUAGACAUCAACAGAGAAGAACAAUUGGAAAUGAAUUGUGAGGAAGCUAUGGAGAAAUUCAAGAGAUUGAAAAAUGAAGGGAAUGAUUUUGUAAAAAUGGGGGAAUAUGACGAAGCUAUAAAUAAAUACAGUGAAUGCAUGAAGUUAAAUGCUGAGGAAUGUACGGUCUACACUAACAGAGCUCUCUGUUACUUGAAACUGUAUAAAUAUGAAGAGGCUAAGCAGGAUUGUGAUCAUGUUCUUCAGAUAGAAGAUUCUAAUAUUAAAGCUUUUUAUAGAAGAGCACUAGCGUACAAAGGAUUACAGAAUUAUCAAGCCAGUAUUGAUGAUUUCAACAAGGUACUUCUAAUAGAUCCAAAUGUUCUUGAAGCACAAAAGGAACUAGAGGAGGUAACCCAACUGCUUCACCUUGACAGCAGUGCUGGAGCUGGCAGUCCACAACAGCAAAGGAAGAAGGUAACCAUACAAGAGGUGACUGGACAUGAUGAACAGGAAGAGAGACAGUUUGCUACAUCAGAUGAUGUUGUGACUGAUCACGUUACUUCCAAAGAAGCAGUUCAAAAGAAUGUGCCACUGAAGUCCUCUGAGAAACUGCGCAUUUGUGAACCAUCUAAUGCCUAUGACUUUGGUCAGAUUAUAAAUGCAGUGAAUGCCAAUAAGGAUAAAGCUGCUUGUGCAGAUCUUUUAACAAUUACUGAUCCGAAAAAAUUGCCAGUGCUGCUGAGUAACAAACUUGAAGGAGAAAUCCUUCUGAUAUUUAUCCAGUCAUUGGAACAUUAUGUAGCUGGAAAAGAUCCUGGCCUUGUAUAUCAGCACCUUUUCUACUUGAGCAAAGCAGAAAGAUUUAAGGUGGUGUUGGCCCUUCUUAGCAAAAAUGAAAAAGAAGAAGUGCAGCAACUGUUUGACUUACUUUCAGAAAACGAGAGUGAUCAGUACUCAUUGGAAGAUCUUGAGAGCCUUAAAAAGGUUUAUGAACUUUAAGAAGUUAAAGUUUAUUGUCUGCAUGUGGAUAGUUCAUGUGUAAAAGAUGGAUCUGUGAUCUGCAGACUUGAAUGAGUUCAAGUGGGUCUUUACCUGGAGUGCUGAAAUUUUAUUUUGUUUUGACAGCAUAUGCACAUUUAAAACUUGCUGCUCUUUUUUUCUUGUAGUUGUAUACAUCUCUAGAACUUAAUGCAUGCCUGUGUUCAGUAACAGAGUUCAUUUUAUUUGGCAUAUUGAUUUUAUUUAGAUUGUAUUAAUUAUAUAUAGAAAAAUAUGUUUUACAUUAUAUAUAUAUAAUGUGAAAUAUCUUGAUGGUGCAAUAGAUACAUAUACUUUUAGUCAUCACUUGUUAUAUCAUUUGGUGAGUUCUAAGUUCUUGAGAUAAAGAAGUGAGAUAAAUGGGUCAGUUAGCAGUAGUUUUGCUAAAAUAAGUUUACAAAAAGUAUUAACACUUUUCAGAUAGACUACUAUAGGCCAUCUGUUUCUUCGCUAUCCGUGGUCUAUACAAAACAGAUUUAAAUAUUUUGGCACAAUACAACUUAGUAGCAAAGGUGAAUGAAUAAUAUAUUAGCUUGUCGUGGAACUCUUUGAAACAAAAUUGUUAAACAUUGGGCAUGUUCUAACAAGUGAAUAAUUUUUAGUGCACAGAGAAUUACUUUUUUUUUCUGUGUGUGCUGAAGGACUGCUGGUUUGCCUGGCUUUUUUUUUUUUGCAGUGACAGUGGUAAACAGAAGAAAAAGUGGCUGCACUUCACAAUAGAAAUAUUUAUCUCUGAGUUUUGUAAUUGGAUUAUUUAAAACAUCAGCUGUUUCUGUUUACAGGCAUAUUUAUAAAACUAAAAGUAAAAUAAUUUUGUGGAUCAGUAUGAUUUUUUUUUUUAUUAUUUCAGGCAGUACUUAUGUUUUGUAUUUGAUUCUGACAAUGCUUCAAAGAUGAAGCUUUUAAAUUUUUCAAAUACCCGAUGCCUUCUUUGUGUUAUAAAUAACGUGUAUUAUAAAUGUAUAUCAGACUCACAAGCACUGCAGAAAUAUCAUUAAGAAUGUUGUUCUAAUGAAAUUUUUUCUCAGGUGUAUAUUGAUAAAGUUCUUUUCUUGAAAAGGACAAUUAUUGAUUCUCUUUUCUGGUUCAAUACUCUUUAGGCUUACAGUUUUGAAGUGGAUUAUGAGUUUUGUCUUGGAGUGCCAAGAACAAAGCUUUUAGUUUCUGAAGCAUCAUCAGAACAACCAAUGGCUUUUGGUUUUAAAUGUCCUCUUUAUAUGAGAUUCUCGUAGUCAAGACAAAUCUGUUGCUCAUCUUAUCUAAUUAAGCAACAACGUGCCAGUUUCAUUCUUCAGUCCUGGUGUCAAAGUGUUCACAUUCACGCAUUUCAGUGUUACUGAUUUCAGUCUUUCAGUUUUGUUCCACUAUAGUUUAGUAUGUUCAGAGAAGAUUCAUUGUAUGUGUCCAACUGUAGUUCAGAAAAGAGAGCAUAAAAAUUAGGUGUGUAGUUUUAAAAUAGUAGUCUUAACUGCUUGGUAACUGUAGCUAAGAGCCCAAUGUCAAAAGCUCUCGAUGAAGUCAAGUCUUUCUCUGUGCUACCCAACGCCCCAGGUACUAAAUGCUCCUUAGAGACAAACUUCAGCAGUCACAGCUGUUUCUUAGAAGGUAUCUCAUUUGUGAAGGGUUUUUUGACACUGAGGACAAAAAUAAAAAUGUCUGCAGCAGCAAAUCAUAAUAUAAUUUAGUAAAUUUAGGAGACAACCUGACAUUAUUUAAGAGAUAAUGGCUUAAAAAGAGAUUUUGAAAGGGAAGGUUCUUGACAAAUCAUUUGUCCGUGAAGAAAGAGACAAAUAGGUGCUCACAGACAGACAUACAGGAUCAUAGUUAAUUUUAGGACAGUUUUAAUCAAUCCCUAGUGAUUAAACUAGAAAACUAAAAGUUGUCCACAAAAAAGCAGUCCAGUAGUCCAGAAAGAUACCUUUUCUUUUAAUGCCUUUCACCUUGAGUGUCAGCUGAAACAGAGUGAAUUCAGUUUGAGGUAAAAAUGACUGAGAUUGCAGAUCAAGAACCUCAAACGACCCCUUACUAAGAAGUUCUAAACUGAGAGCUGCAGCAAUGAUUGCAAAUGAACUCAUUACCCAGCUGGUGGCAGGGAGCUGUCACCAGCUGCAGGCAGAGCUCUGUACCCUCCCGUGUCAGGUGCUGUCAGCACCAGAUUAAAUAACAAACACCCCCUGAUUUGACAAAUCAGGGCUUGGCUGUGCAGUCACCCAUCUUCUGAAGCAAAGAGCUGAUCUUGAGGAUGUCUCAGCAGAGACUGUCUUCUACAGACUCAUAGGAGGGCAGGAUUUGCUGGAAAGUUUAUACUGAGCCCUGAGGAAAUACCUGACAAUAGAUAGGUUUCCCCUUUCUGUGUGUCUGAUCUUGUCAGGUUAAGGCAGACCAGAAGGUUUGGCUCAUUGAGUAUAUAGACAACCCCCCAAACUACCCCACAUGCUGUUCAGUAGGUAGCCUCUCUGGUCUGGCUUGACACUGGUCUCAGUAAUUUCAGUAUGUUCCCAGCCCUGCUCCCAUACCAGGAGCUGCUUUUUAAAGUUUAUUUAACUCAUUCCAGUCUGUGAUCCCAAAAGGGGAAGACACUUCCUUGAUGACUUGCAUUCCUGAAACUGCUGCCAGGCUGGGUUUGCGAUCUCAGCAGAUCCUUGGCAUCAGCCCCACUCUGGGAGAUGUCCCAGUGUCCUCCAGCACCUUGCCUCACUCCCCACUGAAUUGCUGAGGCAGAAGCCAUUGGGCACUGAUUGAUGCAGGAAUUGUGAACACCCUGCUCUAUGGAUAGCAGACCCCUGGAGUUUUGGGCACUAAUCCUUUACUACAUCUCUUCUUUAAACAUCAGGUCAAGCUGCAUUAUCCGCUAGUCUCUUCUGUCUGAUGUUCCCUCAUACCUGUCUCAACUAGGAACUUUAGGCCUCAGCUUCCAAAGUUAAAGAAUUAUAUGUUGAAGUACAAGGGAACAAAGAAGAAACUGAACUAUUAAAUGUUGUAAUAGCUGAAAAAUGAAGUCAAAUAGUCAGAUAUAUGUUUCUUAAAAAAAAAAAAGGCAACGCUCA